AUGGUUGUCCAGGGCUCUACGCCAAUCCUCAACAAGUCGCAACAGGGUGGAUUGACACCCAAAUACUGGUCGGAAGGUUGCAAGGAAAGGAUGAAAAACAUUACUAAAAAAGGCAGAGAUCUAGCGGCAGCUGUAAGAAAACAGCCGGGGAUGAAGUUUGGGGUCUAUCACUCCUUGUACGAGUUCUACAACCCUCUGUACCUAUAUGACAAGGCCAAUAAGUACAAAACCCAGGAUUUCGUCAAGACGAAGACGAUGCCAGAACUCUACGAACUCGUGAACAAAUACAAACCGGAUGUGAUUUGGUCAGAUGGAGCUUGGGAGGCUAAGGAUACCUACUGGAACUCGACAAACUUCUUGGCCUGGCUUUAUAACAACAGUCCGGUAAAGGACACCGUGGUGGUUAAUGACAGAUGGGGAAAGAACACGCCCUGUAAACACGGUGGCUUCUGGAAUUGUAAUGACAAGUACAAUCCAAAAGUUCUUCAGAAACACAAAUGGGAAAACUGUAUGACUCUCGAUAAAGGCUCGUGGGGCUACCGUCGUCCUGCCAGCCUCAUUGACUACUUGUCCAUAGAGGAACUCCUGAAAACCUUGGCGGAAACAAUCAGCUGUGGGGGAAACCUUCUAAUCAAUGUUGGCCCAACAUAUGACGGGCGGAUCAUUCCGAUUUUUGAGGAACGUCUCAGACAGUUGGGAAGCUGGCUUGACCUCAACGGGGAAGCGAUAUACACUAGUGUCCCAUGGACUCACCAAAACGACACCGUCACUUCCGGAGUAUGGUACACAUCCCAGAAGUCAACCAAUGGAACAGUGGUGUAUGCGAUCGUUUUGGAUUGGCCGAAAGAAGAUGAAUUUGUUCUCGGCUCACCGGAACCUACGUCAAAAACCAAAGUGGAUUUGAUUGGAUACCCAGCAAAACUAGACUGGAUACCGCUACCGGGUCACAAUACCGGAAUGUUGAUCAGAAUACCCCCAAUCUCAAUCAGCAAAAUAGUUUGUAAAUGGGCGUGGGUGUUCAGAAUUUCAGGCCUGAACAACUGAUUGACGGAUUGAAGUUCUGUAUAGUGGGUUAUUUACGCGGGACUAGAUUUUGAUCCAAAAAUUAGAAAAUUUAAUGUACACAGAUUUUAACUUCGCGAUCUAUAGGCAUGUGGAGAAACAAAUUGUUCGUAUUGUCUAAGCACAGAGUUGGGACAAUCGGCAUAUAAAGUGUCAAAAUUUAAAUGAAUAGGGAUCGUGACCACAUAUUUAUCGAAGCCUAUCAACUUUGCCGAUUCGUUUGCUCGUUAUCAUUUGAUGCACAUACAAAAAUGAAACUGGUCUUCUUGUGUCAAGUGGUGCAGAGAACACAGAGAUUGUAGCUCCUGGAAUUUCGAGAAUGUUGGAGCUUGGGCAUCUGCUUAUUCAUAGAAUUGUGCCGUCUUAGCGUGACCUCUGGUGCAAUAAGGUAAAAUCGUAAACUAGGUACAGUAUAGUGGAACUGGGUGAACGAAAAGUAUCUAAUUAGAAUGUUCUCCAUAACAAAUUAUAACAUACAGUGUCAUAUAAAUGUGUGUUUAACCCUUUUAUCACUGUAGACCAUAAUGGACUCAUCCAGAUCAAUGCAUCGUUGAGUCUACUAAAGUUACAUAGGGGUUAAAGGGUUGAACAAUUGUUCUCUGACGUGCUUAGUGCCUUUUGUAUUUGACACUAUCCAUAUUCUCUGUGAAUUUGGCAUUUUAGUAAAAGCAAAUUGGAAAAUGUUAAAGUUAUGUAUGUACUAUAUCAGUUUUGUGAUAUUAUUAUAACUCAUUUACAUUAUUUGUAUAAAACUGCUUUGACAUAAGUAUAAAGUAGUUGUUAAGGGGGGGGGGGG